AUGUCUUUGAAACAUUACUCGCAAAUAGCUCUGAAGGAAUCUCGAUUGACAUCAGAGGCCGAACUCAACAGCGUCCGCCUUUUAGAAGGAGACCUGAAGCCCGAAAGCGAAAAUCUCAUUCUGGCAUACGCAGGAUCAUUCAAUCCCCCACAUCGAGGUCACAUAGAUGUCCUGCUAUCUGCUCUGCGACGCGAAAUAGGAGCAAUCGCAAUCGUCAUUGUACCAAGUGAAGAUUUCUUCCUUAGAAAUAAGAUUCGCGAUAAAUAUCCGGAAUUUUUUCUUUCCCAGAAGCGCAGAGUCGAUAUCCUGAAUGCGAUUCCUUCAAUACCGAAGGAUAGAGUGUGGGUUUGGCCCAGUACCUGGUACCCAUUCAAAUCGUAUACCAAGGCCAUGGCUCGAGUUACCGAGGCUGAUGGCCUCAAUGUGAGGUUUUCUUGGUUGAUUGGACCUGAUUUGUUGAAUCCUCAGGAUGCGACGUUUGUCGUGCCUUAUUCGCUCCAAGGUGUCUUGGUCUCAAAUAAAGCAAGGCAUGUGAAGUCACACUUCCUUCCAAAUGGAACGCCGACUGUCUGGAAGGGAUUCGGCAAAUGGGAUUGCAAGACCAGUGUUGAGACAAACGGUGAGUUAAGUGAUCACGCUCAAUGUGACUUUUGA